ACAACACAACAAAGUAUCAACCUCGAUCACAUUUCUCUUGUUUACAAAAAUAUGAUGAAAUCAUCCAGUUUAGUUUUCUUGCUCUCUCAAAUCUUUGUGUUCCAACAGUUAGCAGUAUGUGUUUCACAGAAUUUUGAUUUCUUCUACUUUGUUCAACAGUGGCCAGGUUCUUACUGUGACACAAAGAAAAGCUGUUGUUACCCAACCACAGGAAAACCAGCAGCUGAUUUUGGUAUUCAUGGUUUAUGGCCGAACUAUAACGAUGGAUCAUACCCAUCUGACUGCGAUGACAGCAAUCCAUUCGAUCCAUCAUCUAUUUCUAGUAUUAGACGUCAAAUGCAAUCUGAAUGGCCAACAUUAGCUUGUCCAAGCGGAAAUGGUGACAAAUUUUGGGGGCACGAAUGGAAUAAACAUGGGACCUGUUCCCAGGACAUUCUCGACCAACCUGGGUACUUUCAAGCGUCUCUAAAGUUGAAACAACAAACAGACCUCCUCAACGUCCUUCAAAAUGCAGGAAUUAAUCCAGAUGGUGAAUUUUACAGCUUGACCAGUAUAACAAAAGCCAUAAGAGACUCUACAGGAUUCACCCCAGGGGUAGAAUGCAAUGUGGAUCCAUCUGGUAACAGUCAGCUCUACCAGAUCUACAUUUGUGUUGAUACAUCUGCAACCACCUUGAUUGAAUGUCCUAAACUUCCAAGAGGAAAGUGCUCUUCAAGAAUCGAGUUCCCUAUUUUCUAAAUAUUAUGUACAUGUUGGACAUGUUUCUUUCGUUGGUUUCCUGUCGCAAUUUGCAAAUUUUAAUAAGCUGCCUUGCAGUAUGCUUGUAAUUUGGAUUCUUCUAAUACAAUUCCUUUGUUGAA